AUGAAUUCGUCUAGCAAAGCCAGAGAUUACUUUCGUUUAUUAGCAAAACUGGCGUCGAAUAAUUAUGAGGAUGAGAAUAUUGCGGCAAUAUAUCAUCACCUUGCUCAAAUCGAGUUGACGGCGUUUUGUUUAGAUGAUGCAUUUAAAUAUUAUAAACUUGCACGUACCAUUAAAGAAAAACGUUUUCCAUCAAGUAAUCAUUCAGCGAUUAUACAGUCUAAUCUAACUCUUGCACAUAUUUUCACUAAACAAGAUAAUCAUCGCAAAGCUCUUUUUGUCUUGAAAACAUUAUUAGAUGAGUGUAAGACCGAUCCGAAAUACGAAGCAUGGAAGAACACCCUUUGGUUUGACAGCGAUGAUGCACCAGCUCAACGUGACAUACCAAAAGCAUGGAUUUCAGAAUUUGACAAGUCAAUGCUAAUGUCUGUGCUCUACGGAUAUAUUGGAUACUGUUAUGUAGCUCUUGGCAAAUACGGCGUUAGUAAAAGACAUUUCGACGAGCAACGACAUAUAUAUCUACACACUGGAAUAAUUCACCCAAUUGACUGUGCAACUUCACUGACAGACGCUGCUGACAUUCUUUUAGAAGCAUCACACCACGAUACUGCCUUAGACUAUUAUUAUCGUGCAUACGAUAUUCUAACAACUACACUACCUUAUGCGCAUCAAUCAGCAAUCGAUAUUUAUACAAAAUUAUCUCAGGCCUUUUUAAGAUGUCAUAAAUGUGUUUUAGCAAAAGACGUACUCUCAGCGAAACUGAUUCGACAGAAAUGCUUAUACAAUAAAAAUGAUUUAAAUAUAGUCUUAACUUUAUUUUCCCUAGAUACGCUAGAUUUCAGUGGUGAGUUCUAUAAAGAAGCGGUGGAAAUGCUAGAAAAAUGUGCAUUAAUGAACGAUGACCCUACCAUAGAUUGUUUGUAUGCUGCUGCUUCCUCUAAAUACGGUUAUACAAAUAGUGAAUUAAAAUAUCGUCUGAAAGCUUUAUUCAUUGAAGAAGAGAUCUGCGCCAACCUAUUGCGCAUUGGUGAAUUAAGAUAUAGUAUUGGUGAUUUGUACAAUAAAAAUGGGAAAUAUUUAUGCGCUUUACAUCAUUUUAAUUGCAGCCGCGACAUCUACUUCAUGGAUGAGUACUUUGAUAAAAUACGCAUUGAAGAAAUAACGAACACGAUGUCAUUAUUAGAAGAUAAAUGUGGCAUACCAGGUUACUUUACGCGUCAAAGCAUACAAAAUCUGCGCAUACCAAUCGGUCUCUCUGCAGCUCUACUGGCGACAACCAACUCUACACCUGAUUUGGGAGAAAUUAAUACAUCAGAACAAACAGGAAACAAAAAUGCAAUAAAUCCGUCAAUUAUGCAUCCGUGUCUGUUGAAGCAUGCCGGACCAUCGUUCAUGGACGAAAUCGGUUCCUCCAACUUGCUUGAACAUGGGCCGGUAUUUUAUGAUCCAGAUUUGGAAAAUUGCUUCCAUACAAUGGAUCUAGCUACUGAAUCAGCAUACUUCCUUUGGAAUAUACUGGCUAUCAAAUCAUUGGAAACAGUGUUCGAUUGGCCAGAAACAACAAAGCCUGAUAUAGAUGAAGGAAUGAUUACAUUCUUUGAGCGCAUUGUCAAACGACUACAUACAGUCACGGCUCUCGAACAUGGUAUCUUACUUAUUGAGCAUUAUAUCGAUAUGACCGUAAAGGUCGGUCUACAAACGAUGAGCCCAAGUCUCUAUCCCAUCGUUCUGCUAGCUACUAUGAAAAAAACUAAUGAAGCAUAUGUUUAUCUCCACUGCUUACGUCAGACAUUACGAUCUGAUGAUAAGAAUGCUUCUAUCCUUGCUGGUCUUUUCUAUCUACAAGCUCAGCUGGAUGAAAAAGGUCAGCGAGAUGAUACUGCUGAUUUAUACGUACGAGCUUACGAACUUGAACUGAAAGCGCACGGGACGCUUUCUCCUUUUCGACUGCGUAUAUUGCUCGAACUGGCGUAUGACCAUAGUCGACGAAGGUCAUUUGAGUAUGCCGAUUGCAUAUACAACGAAAUCGGCGAGUUCUUCACACAAUUUCGAUCGCUAAAGUUGUACGAUUCUAUAGAGCCACUAUAUUACGCGCGACGUGGGGAGUUCAUAUUGAAAAGCAAGGGUUUGUAUCGCGGUUUUCUCAUAGCGGAGAGAGAGUGUUAUAAUAAACUAUUCGACUAUAUUCAAACACAUGUUGUCUAUCAUGAUCCGUUACCAAUUGGACUUUCGUUGAUACAAGCUGCUAUUAUGCUGCACAACGGUGAUGCAGUUCGUUUUGUUGAGGAAGGCCGCAGAUUCUUACGCCAAGCUUACUGCCUUUUGUCCGCGAACUUGCCAUCGUCACAUACUGUUCUCUCGUACUGUUCAGAUUUGAUGUAUGUGCAUGUUGAAAGACCUGACCACUGUCAUCAUGCUCUGGCCUUAUUAGAUCAUACUAUAUUACCACGCCAGAUGACGGCUGUUUCAACAGUCAGUACUCUCGAUGACUUUGACAUCGCUUUGACGUACUCACGGCUCGCUGCUGAAUUCAAACUAAUUGAUGACCACCGUGCUGCAGGAGAAUGUACGCGGACAGCAUUGCAGACAUACGAGCGCCACAUGUAUGUAAACACGCAAGCGAUGGAUGGGUAUCUUGUAGCGAAGGGUUACUUGGACAGUACUCCAGAAGCAAAAGAACAAACUGCGCUGUUCGAAGAGUUAAUGAAGGAUCUGCUCGCCUCGUCGAUAGCAGAAGUGCUUGACACAAAUGAUGAUUCCGAUGACUCGUCUCACGACGGAAGCGCCGCUCCGCAGCGUCGAAGCUCAAGCGCCUCGAUCGAUAAAAAUACACCCAAAGUGGUUUCGUCAAAACAACGUCGCACAGUAUCCGCACCGGCAACACCGAAAUCUUCUCGACAACAGGAACUAAUUUUACCGCAUUUGUUCUAUCCUGUUUUACCAGACAAUAUACUUUUGCAAAUUGUGGUCUUCAUCGACGAUGACUUAGAAUCAGCAGAAAGAACCCAAGAAUUGUCCACAAUACGCGGCUCUCCCGGCAUCGAAUUGAAAACAUAUGACGAUGUAGAUAUGGCCAUUUAUGAGAUGUUGUCAGCACAGUAUACUCAUAUACAAGUGGUUAUCAAGAACACUUUGGCUCGUUAUUUCUUUGAUAUGCAGCAAAUCGGGCGAUUGCAGCUGGAAGCAUGUGUCACUUUAUGUGUUUGUGUCUAUGGUUGUAGUGACGACGAGCGAGAUAAACACUAUUAUGAGUAUCUAAAAUACUUGCAGUGUACAAAGGAAUGCCAUGAAAAAUUUGAGCAACUGGGAUAUCAUUGUCUUGUUAUGACAAACGAUAUAAUAACUGUACAUCAGUUCUGUCGAAUGCGUGACGCGCUUGGACAACAAAUUAUUCUUAUAAUGGAACUAGUGAAAAUGAAGUAUUGUCCCCCGGCAUGUAUGCUCAAUGAACCUGAUGAACUGCAUUUUGCAUUCCGGUUAGAAAAAAACUUUGAGUUUAUCGGCUACACAGGAGAUAAUCAGUCACCUCCACUCCUCUAUCGUUAUCUGCGUCUACCAGCGGUUGGCGAUCUAGACAAGAGAGAUGUGCAGCUAUUGGCUUUAAUUGCCUUUUGCCAACGUCAUGAAGUCGAUCCAAAAGUGACCGCAUCAAUGUGCCGCUAUUUCUCGACUGGGUGUUGUAUUGCAGCACGAACAUACGCUAAUUUUCUUAUUCAUCUGUGGUCAUUGGAAACACCUGCGUUCUAUCGAUUGGUGAAUCAAGCUCUUGCCAAAUGCCAAGUUGAAGAUAUUCUACUUUUACGUUGGAUCGUAUUUGAUUACUACAUGACUUUUCUUCUCAAAAUAUAUCCAUACUAUGAAGGCACAUUAUACCGUGGAAUUCAAGUGACAGAUGAUUAUAUCGAACAAUUACGCGGAAUGGUGGGGAAGAACAUAUACUUCACUACUCUGACAGCCACAUCUAAAUAUCGAGAACGUGCGCAAAUUAGCGGGAAUGUUUUAUUCGAAAUUGAAACUUUAUCCAGCAACCAUCAGCAUUUGGUUGGUAAUGCCAAUGCCGAUAUAUCCUCGUUGUCUUUGUUUCCCGAAGAGCAGAAAGUUCUUUAUCCACCAUUAGCUACCUUCGAAGUGCUUGAUGUAAAAAGUGAAGCAGACAAUAAAAUCUUGAUCAAACUACGCGAGUUAUGGAUGACUACCUACAUUCAAGCUUACUUCAAUGACUUAUGCAGGCGAUUUCCGCUUUUGAGUCCUUUCAAAUACCGUGAUUUGUGGUCUCAGCGUAUUCAAGCGCUUCGUAGUCGCCUGUCUGAGAUUCCUUCAGAAUGGGACACAUAUUAA